AUGAAUUAUUUGCAUAAAUUCAUCACUGAAGAUACUUUCAAAGUACAUAAAGGACUUGACCUUGCUAAUCUUAGUAAUCAAGAAGAUCUUAUAUCAGCUCUUCCUGUAAUGAAAAUUCUUAAAACAACUCCAUUCAAUCAUUUUAAACAGAAGGUAGCAGUCAAAUAUGAAAAACAACCUGAACAAAUUCAUUUUUGGGCUUUUGGACCAAGGCAAAAUAAAACUGUCAGACCUGACAUAUUGAUAUCAUCUGAUCAUUUUAAUUUGCCAAUGGAUGAGAUUUGUGCUAAAUUAAUGCCAUACAAGAAUACAUUAUAUUUGGAAAUUGCAGAUAAACCUUUAAUUGACAAUACUUGGUUUCCUUCACCAGGUGGAAAAUCUUUAGUAUUUCUGAAAUUUUUUGAUCCUUGCACACAAACUUUAGAAUGUCUUGGUUCUCUUUAUGUACAAGGAUCUGGUAAAGUUGGUGACAUUUAUCCAAUUUUAUGUAAAAAAAAGAACUUCCCAGUAAAUACUCCACUCAAUGUAUAUGAAGAUUCAAAUCACUAA